AUGAAUUGUACAAAUGUGCAUAAGGUACAUUUUGGUACCCAUAUGCUUGAGAAGGAAGUUGAGGAUUGGUGGGGUAAAAUCGUUCAUAGGUUUGAUGAAGAAGGAAUUAAGAUUACUUGGGAUCAUUUUUUAGAUGCAUUUUUGGAGAAUUAUUUUCCGGAGGAUGUGCGUGGGAAGAAAGAGGUUGAGUUUCUUGAGCUGAAGCAUGGUAAUAAAGCUGUGACAGAGUAUGUUGCAUGGUUUCAGAAGUUGAUUAAGUAUUGUCCUCAUUACAACACUGCUAAUGCUGAGAGGUCUAAGUGUCUCAAAUUCGUGAAUGGUUUAAGACCUGAGAUCAAGAAGGAUAUUGGUCAUCAACAAAUUUUGCGUUUUGCUGAGUUGGUUAACAAGAGUAGGAUCUAUGAUGAGGAUUGUAGAGAGAAUGUUUCUCACUAUAAAUAUUUGAAUGAUACAAAAGGGAAAUGCCAAUUCAUAGGAAAGCCAUAUGCUGAUAAAGGGAAACAGGAAGUUGGUUAUGACAGGAAGCCAAGUGGGGGAGGAGCUCCUACUUCGAUUAGGUGCUACAAAUGUGGUGUUGAAGGUCAUCGUGCUUCUGAGUGCACAGGUGAUGAAGUGAAAUGUUUCAAGUGUGGCAAGCUAGGUCACAAAGCUAAUGAUUGUAGAGGAGGUGCGAGUGUGACUUGCAACAACUAUGGUGAGCAAUGGCGCAUUAGUACCAAGUGUGAAAAGACGAAGAAGGAACAAGUUAAAGGGAAGGUGUUUGCAUUAUCUGGUUCCGAGACUACUGCUGAGGAUAGACUAAUCUGA